GUAUUAGGAAGUAUGGAAAUUUUCGAUAAGCAAUUACCAUCUUGUGAUAUUUGUUUGGGUUCAUCGGAUUCACAAUACAUCAAAUAUAAUUUGAUAGUAUCAGGUGUAAUAUUACCAAUUAUUGGUUUAAUUGGAAUUAUCGGGAAUUUUCUGGUAAUGGCUGUUUAUGGAAGUAUCGAACAACGAAGACAUUCAACAAAUAUUUAUUUAGCUGCAUUAGCAUUAAGUGAUUUUUGUAUGAUAUGGACAGCAAUUAUUCUAUAUGGUUUAGAAGCAUGGAGGCAUCAUGGCCCAGCAGUUUUGGCAACUGUUUAUGGUCGAAGUGCGGAAAUUGUUUUUCCAAUUAGUACAAUCCUACAAACGACAUCUGUUUAUUUUUGUGUUGCUGCAGCUGCUGAUUUUUUUGUUCGAAUUGUUUUAUCAGCUAAAAUUAAAGAUAAAAUUUGCACUCCAAGAUUUGCUCGAUUAUCUGUUUUAUCAAUUGCAAUUAUAUCAUUUUUGUAUAAUGUGCCACAUUUUUUUGAAUUAACAGCUAUUGAUUGUAUUGAUGAAAUACGAAAUAAUACAUUAUCAGUACAAGUUUGUCCUACUGAACUUCGAAAUAAUGCAACAUAUUAUCAAUUAUAUUAUACCUAUAUGUAUACGAUAUUUAUGGCUGUUGGACCACUUCUACUUAUUGUUAUUCUUAAUGUUUUAGUUGUACGAGCUGUACUCAAAAAUGGCACUUCUGGUCAAUAA